UCACUGUUCAGCUCGAAGCUUGACCAACGAGAAAAUCGCCCGGUGAUGCACCUCUGGCGCCUUUCAUGUCGUGGUCGUGGGGUGCCUGCUGUGUCGCCCCUAGCCAUGUUCUCAUGCCGCCGCCCAUUGAAGCUAGGUGACAUCACAGCUCCUCUGUUGUCAAGGUCGAUACAAUACGUUCGAUUGAUAGUUGUCUGCGAAUUCAUGAGUUAUUGGCCUGCAUGUACUGCAAGGCAACUGCAGCGAUCGCACACAGCAUUUGGAUUUUUCUUUGGGCCCCCUCCAUUUGGACUCAAGACUGGCUGGCCUGAAUCGAUUCUUACAGAGUUUGAUGCCGGUCUCACAUCCUCAGUGGUCGUCCAAUUGCCGUCCGUGCCUCUCAGCGACCGCUUGCGUAAUCAGGAACGUUAAAAGAUAGCUCAGACCACAAAAACACGGGUAUUCUGCUAA